UUCUUAUUUCUUAUUUAAUUGCAGUUCACUAUGAGUGAGCCAUUAACCUUCCAGGACAGAAUCGCUAAACUCUGUCAUGAGAAGUUUGACACAGUUGUAGCAGACAUACCUGAUAACCUUGCUGGUCGUAAGGUUAUAGCGGGAGUCGUCAUGGAAUCAAAAGCUAAUCAGAAAUUUGACGUUAUCAGUUUAGCAUCUGGAAACCGCUUUAUCAAAGGCAAUAUGUUGACAACAAACGGACAAGUGCUGGUAGACUCGCAUGCUGAGAUCCUAGCAAAUCGGGGAAUGCGAAGGUUUAUUUACUGCCAACUAAAAAAACUUUGGAAGGGAGAAGAGACUAGUGUAUUCCAGAAAUGUGAGAAAGGGAAGGCCGCGGUAAUCCCGGAUGUCAAGUUUCAUCGGUACAUAUCCACCGCGCCGUGUGGUGAUGGAGCAAUAUUCACACAUAGCACUGGAACUUCCUCAGCCUUACACGACGGACAUCAUCAUCAUCAUCCAAUAUUUGACGAUACCAAACAGGGACUUCUCAGAACCAAGGUUGAGCAAGGUGAGGGUCAGAUCCCAUUCAAAGGCGUGGACGGGGUCGUCAGUUACCAGGGCCUGGAUGUAGUGAGGCCAGGGGAACGGUUACGCGUCAUGUCAUGUAGUGACAAGAUCUGUAAGUGGAACCUCCUGGGAAUGCAGGGUGCUCUCCUGGCCAAUCUCAUGGAACCUGUAUACUAUACCUCCAUCACGCUAGGAACCCUCUACAGCCAUGGACACAUGGCUCGGGCAAUGUGUUGUAGACUGGAAAAGUCCAGUAAAAUUGAAUCUUUACCACACGGUCAUAAGGUAAACCAUCCCUUACUUGGUGCUGUAUCUCGGAAGGAUGACCCCAAGCGAAGCGUCGAGAAAUCGACGGCACAUAGCAUUAACUGGAAUAGUGCGGACGAUUGCCCUGAAAUGACGGAUGGAACAACAGGUCUACUACACAACAGUGGAUUUAUCAGAACGGAUAGAACUAAGUCAAGACUGUGUAAGGAAGAGUUGCUGAAAUCCUUCAAGGAAAACUGUGCAAAUGCAGGCUUAUUGAACCUUGUCAAGGAUGAUUAUCUAAAAACUAAACAAACAUCUACAACAUACCAAACCUGCAAGAUUAUCCUGUAUGCAAUCCUCAAUAGUCAGGGGUAUGGCACUUGGCUGGGGUUGCCUAGAGAAUGCCAGGAAUUCGGUACUUCGACCACACCCGCUGUAGGUAGACCACAGAGCUACUCCCAAGUGGUCCUAAAGAAACACUAAGACAGCGCAAUAAAUACUUCAGCCAUAUAAAUGAUUAAAUCAGCAUAUGACUCCUAAAGGGUUUGUUCAUAUGAUGUUCCACAUCCCUAACAAGAUUGCAUCUACACAGGAUUGUGGUUUAAAAGUUCUGCAAGAAAUGCGUGCCAUUUGUGUAAUGCCAAAUGGCCCCAUGAAAACUGCUUUGUCAUUCUACAACUGCAUAUACAUGUAAGAUACAAUCGGAUAUCAUACAUUCUCCUGGACGUAAACCGUCCGAUAGAGCUUUUGUCAGUUUCACAUACAUGUAUAUCCUCGCUCUCAACCUAUAUGAAUUUUUCAACGACCAUUCACAUAUGCAUUUCCUCAAUGGUAAUGAGUAAAAAUUUUAAGAAAUUAAUUCCUCCAUUCAGAAAAUGUGCGACCAUUUUGUCAAUUGAUAUGUAUAUAUUUCGCGCUGUUGACAACAGGCAUGAACGUCAAAAGACCUUUGAGUGUUCGCGCGAUAGAAGGCACGACUGUUUUGGAAUGAGGCACGGAAAUUGCAGGUGAUUUAAUGAUUUGUCUGGUUAUAUGUAAGAAAGGUGUUUUUCAGAGAAAACGUCAGGAUGUUGGUGAAAUAAUCGACAAAACCAGUACGUUGCGAACAGCCAAUAAUUGUUUGUUGUUACCACCUGGGAUGGGUUCAUUGGAAGCACUACGGACUUUCACCAAGACGACUGCAGGUCAAUUUCACGAUCUGACAGCACAUCAUCGAUAUGUGUACAUUGUAAAAAGCAUUGUAAAAAGCUUUGUUUCCGAUAAAUGCGUCAGUUGUAAGGGGUCACAGUUUGUUCCUCUAAGGAGCAUUUUUUAGAAAAUCUGUUAAUUUUAUUUCACAUUGCAUUUGGGGUCAAUGCAAAUCGUAAGAUUUUAUUCUGUCUUCUUAGCAGAGAUAGUUAAGAGACAAAAAUUGGUCUGCCAUCACGGUUCAACCCAUCAUCUACUCUUUCUUUUCUGUGCUCCUCUAUUGGUACCGCUUUGCACGUCAGACCUCAUGUGGUCGGCUAUUGUGAAGAUGUGCAACUCUAAACAUUAAACACAUCGAAAACCAACAAAGUUCUCACGACUUCGGUACAGUUCACUGUGUCUUUUUUUAUUUUUAUUUCUGCCAGAAGCAAACUCGGAAAGUCACGGUAAAUCAAUAAUUAGUUGAAGACUAGCAAGCACUCCUGACUUUCACAAAGACGACUGGAGGUCAAUCUCUCAAUCGGAGUCGAAUGAUUGUUGCUACCUUUCCGACAUGAGUUUUCUUCUGUGACUCUGGAUCCACUACAAAUUUCUUACAAGCUUACGAUGAUAUAUAUAGCCCAGAAGGAUGAAAGGGUUAAUACACAUUCUACGUUGACCGGGACACGAGGUGGAUAAUUGAUUUAAAAAACUGAUAUACUGUUUUUGUUUUUGUUUUUUGUUUGUAUUUCAAACGUGUCCUCAUUUGAUUAACAUAAACAUGUAUGAUUUUGUCGAGUUCUCAGUACUCUUGGCAAGGGGCCAAGUGGUUAAGGUGUCCCGACACUUUAUCACUAGCCCCCAACCUCUGAGUUGCGAGUUAAUCACGAAAUCCACGUGGGGCAGUUCCCUGGUACUGAUUGUAGGCCGGUGGUUUUUCUCCGGCUUUCAUACACCUCCAAAACCUGGCACGUCCUUAAAUGACCCUGGCUGUUAAUGGGACGUUAACCAAAAUAAACCAAACCAAAGUACUCUUGGCAAGGAUGGUGUUCAUAGUACAGUAAGAUGGCAUAUCUUCUAAAGCCAAGAACUAACUGCAACACUCGUCAUAUAAACGAAGACAAAGGAAAUCUGAUGCUGUUUUUUUUUUUAUUUAAUAUCAGUAUGUGAAUAUAACUUUCUUAUGGUAAUUGUCUACAAAUUCGCCAAUAUUUUCUUUACAAAAUUACCUGUACAAGUUGUCAUGAACAAAAAAAAAUGUAACGAUAAAAUACUGUAACUCGCUCAUGAUCUUCACUGAAUAUCUAUACGUGACAAUUCUUCCAUCAAAAUAUAUGAAAUACAAGACAACGUAUCGAGUAAGAAAGAUAUGUCCCAACAUUUCCAUGAUUCCUCAGAAAUAAAUAACAAGCUAAGCUAGUAGCUAAAUACGAAUAAUCAUAAUUCGCAAAACAAUCUCGUAUCCAUUUUGAUGAAACAAUCUGAACUAUAACAUACCCGAUAAAGCUGGAGGGUAGAAAUAUCCUAUAGAAUGUUACCAUUGUAAAAUAUGUGCAGUAUAUAUUAAAAUAAAGAAACUCUUGUACUCUACGUGUAUUAGCAACUUUUCUUCAAUUUUUUUUUAUUAUUUUAUCACAAAAAUAAUCUAAAAUUAAAACACGUUAUACCGAAUCAACGAGAUCUUCGCGUCCAUCCCCCACCAUUGCAUGACCUACCUUCAUUUUUUCUUUGUAGUUUUAAACAAGUUAUAGGAACCUGCACCUUAAAACUUCACCAUUAAUGCAAAAUCUGUUUACCUUCCCUUAUGAUGUUUCUGGCUAUGUUUAGUUCAAAUCCGUUCAGUACUUUGCGACAAGAAGUGAUUUAUAGGACAUCUUAUUUCCCUUAGUGGGUCCCGCCCCUCUGGCGCCAGGGGGUCGGAGUUCCCAUUUCUUUCAAAUCUGUUUUCCCUUCCCUUUAUGUUUCUCACCAAAUUUGUGUCCAUUUUCUAUUCAGUGCUUUGUAACAAUUAGCGAUUUAAAGGACUUGCCCCCAUUUCCCCUAUUGGACACCGCCCUUCUGGCCCAAGGGGGGUCAGUGUCCCCAAUUAUGCAAAAUUUGUUUCUGUUCUUUUAUGAUAUUUCUAAUAAUGUUUGGUUCAAAUCCGUUCAGUACUUUGUGACUUAAGUGAUUUUUAGGGCAAACUCUCUUUCCCCUAUUGGGUUCCGCCCCAGUUAUGCAAAACCUGCUCCUUCUUCGCCUAAGGAUGUUUCCCUUACACUAAUGAUGUUUCUCAUCAAAGGUAGGGUCCAGCGCCUAUGGAGAUUUAACAUUAGCGCAGACCCCCACUUCAAUUUAUUUUUUUAGUUUUUUCACCAUAUGCAGAUACAUCAAAAAGAACUAUACAUGUAAUUGCAUAAAUGAUAAGUUAUUAUAUAAUGAAUUAACCGAUAUUCAUGGUAGGACCGCCUUGCAUAAUAACAGGUUGAAUGAGGGGAUACCCUUACAAAAUGGUAAAUAAUUUUCACAGGCUAAUGCAGAUUUGAAAAUCAAUUAUAACAUUUUACAGUUUAUAGAUUUACUAUAUACUAAAUAUUCACAAAAUUUUAAAUAAUUUCAACAUUGUCAACUUGAAUUAGUAUAGUAGUAAUCAGUCUAUAUUUCAUACUCCUUAAAAAACUUUCCUUUAUAUAUACUUCCUACAGAAUCUAUUUGAGGACAUUUUAAAACUGGUAAAUUACAUGCAUAUUUGUGAGAUAGUAUCGCUGCAUAUAACUCAAAAUCAUAUAUAAGAUAAUGCACUUUGUUUUGU